AUGGCGCCUAUCAAUGAUGCGGUGUUUCUCCGUCGCAACAACCAGAUCCAAGAUGCUAUUGACGGGCAGAAUCUGAAGCAGGCCCUGCAGCUAAUCGAGAAACGAAUGAAGAAGGGCGAGAAUACGCGCUUUCUGAAAGCCUGGAAAGCACAUAUUCUUUGGCGCCAUGCGGACGAAGCCCACCAUAAGCGCGGUAUCGCCGAGACACUCGAGUUAUGCAACACGGAACCUCCGACCACCGACAUUGAUACCUUGGACAUCUUGUUCAAGACGUUGCAGAAGCUUGAUGGGCACGAUGCGACAAGGAGCAAUCUUUGGGAGAGGGCAGCAAAGGCGAAGCCUCAGGACCUGGAGAUUCAGGGCCGCUGGUUUACCUACGCCUUUGAGAGCAACGAUUGGAAGUCUGCACAGAAAGUCAGUCUACUCGGAUCAUCGGACGAUUAUCAAUAUGGACCAGAACGUCUACCAGCUGCCAUGAGUCUUCAAAAGAACUUUCCCAAGGAUCGCAAAUACUAUUUCUGGGCCAUUUUCCUCAGCCACCUGAUUGCCAUAGACGAUGCUAGCUCAGAGAUCGAUCGAAAGCUCUUCGGCACCUUGGCAUAUCGUAUGAUUUCGAAAGCCGCUGAUGAAGUUCCGGAAAGUUCUCAAUUAUUGAGUCCUCCCCGAGCCAUCCAAACAUCUGAGGAACUGCGUUUGCUCAUCAGGAUCUACGAAACCCAAGGUCGAAACUCCGAGGUUGUAAAACUCCUGGAUAGUGAGAACCUGGGCCUCAAGUCUCGAAUUGUGCAAAAUGAUACUGCAUUCCUUGGAUAUAAAGCAUUCAAUUUGGGCGCUGGCAAAAUGUGGGAGGAGGCAAUCUCCUACGUGAGGGAUCUGUACACUGUCCCCGAAGAUAAGGAGAAACUCAAAGUUCUCCGCGAGCUUGAUGAUUGGAGUAUUUGGAACCUUUUGAUUCAAGCGACAAAGAACUCUACCACUCCUGGAACUGCUGCCGAGUCGAUGAAGUUUGCGGAGAAAUUCGCAGCAUCUAGCCCCAAGUCUCGGAACGCGGCUCUAGCUUGCCUUGACGCGAUGAUCUGCGGGAUUAGCGACGGAGAAAUGACAACAGAUGACUUGCUCAUAGCGUGCCAGAAAUACAUCGACAAUCAUAUUCACAAAUUGUACGCCUUCAACGACAUUCGAAGGAUUAUCGGUCCCAACAAGGACGGUCUGGCCAAAAUGCUUGAUUAUAUUCUGAAAAACUAUGCUGCUGAAGAGAAGGGGUCUGUUGCUAUGAUCAAUGCUCUAAAACUGGAUUACUGUUUGAACAUCUCAGCAUCGGAGAGCAAGCCUUCUCAGCAAAAGACCGAAGCUCUUAUCGCUCGCUGCCUGAAGCUUUACCAGGCAGCUUAUAAGGAGGGCAAAGCGCAGAAGUCUGAAGGCGGUGCUCAAGGAGCGUCGUCUACCAUUGAAAGCCAGCCCAUCGAUGAUCUCUGCAUCCUUGCAGCCAUGUGUCUUCUUCAGCCUGUCGAAACGAAUGAGGACGAGGCACAGGCACAGGUCCCAGGUACUGCUCUAAUUCGCGCCGCAGCUAUUCUGGAACGCCUCUGCCGUGACUCUCCUCACAACUACCAGGCGCUCCUUCUUCUAGUAAGAGUCUACCUCCUCCUGGGCGCUGGAUCUCUUGCUUUGAGCACUUUCAGCAAAUUGUCCGUCAAGCAGAUACAGUAUGAUUCUGUCGCCCAUAUUCUCUUCACGCGCCUUUCUACCGUUCACCCUCAUUCUGCACCUCCAGUCGAAGGUGCGGAGUACAAGGAUUUCGAUCCCCUUUCGGCCUUUGUCCAGGCUCUUAAUUUCUUCCGGAACUCAGAGGUCAAUACCAUGCGAUUCCGUACUGCGGGUCUGGAUGAGGGAGCCUACGUGAAUACCGAGGAGAUCAUUGAACUUCGGAGAUGCUUGUCCAACAGUAUCACCCGCCGCAUGUACGCUCUCGAUGCACGCCGUGUUCAGAGGCUUGCUGGAGGCGAUCCUAUGACCCGUUAUGAUGAGCUUGAUCCCAUAGCCCGGGAUGGCUCGCCAGUCGUCGAUUCGCGGAAGUUUGGUGCUUUCAUGUCCUGUGAAUUUAUCGAAAAGCCCAGCUUUGAAGAGCGAAUCCGCUUGGGACCGCUACCCCAGACCAAUUGGCUCGCUUCAGCCCGAAUCACGGACCAGCUCUUCAGCGUUUUGAAGGGCAUUGCACUGCAAAGGCCACUGACUCCGGAGAUGGACCUGCCUUCCCUCGAGACUUUGUCCAUUUCUGAAAGUGAGAAUGAUCAGACGGACACAGAGAAGGAGUUCGUUAAGAUCCAUGCGGAUCUACUCAAAGUGGCCACGUUCAUGGCUGGUUCCAAGCUAAAUACCUCAGAGCAAGUUGACUCUGCCCUUGGCCGCGUCGAGGAAUUCUUGGAUAUGAAGAAGAAGGAUUUGACUCUCAACGAAGCCGCUACCUCUCCACUCAUUGCUUCCACGGCAGUGUUCCUUGGAGCGGACACCGGGGCUGGGCCUAGUUGGAGAUAUCUUCACAGUACCUUUGCCCUUCUUGAGACAAUCAAGGCACUGUCGCAGCUGGUCGGGUUGGCAUCCAAAAAGGGAGCCAAGACCGCUAAGUUGCCCAAAGAACGCGUAGAACGGCUUUCUACGCUUGUGUCGGAGAUCUAUGAACUGGUUCGGUCGAACACGCGAGCUUUGAAGCAACGCGUUUCCGCAUCAGGUGUACUGUCCACGUUGGUUGACCUCGUUAUCCAGGGCGAGCAGUCUGCAAAAUCCGAGAAGGAGGUCCAGGACAUCCUGGAGUCUACAUUGGACCCGUCCAACGUUGAGCUGUUCUGUGGUUCUUUGAUGGAGAGUUGGGAGGAGGCUCUAGACGGUGUGAUGGGGGUUAAACUUUGA